AUCGUCGGGCGGCGACGGCUGGGCCGGGACCGGGAGUGGGACCGGGACGCUGGGAGAGUGGGGCAGCGAUGGGCACGCAGGGAGCUGGGAGGAAGCGGCUGCCGAACCGGGAGCGCCUGACAGCGGAGGACGAUGCUCUCAAUCAGAUCGCCCGUGAGGCUGAAGCAAGACUUGCAGCAAAGCGAGCAGCACGGGCAGAGGCACGGGAGAUCCGAAUGAAAGAACUGGAGAGGCAGCAGAAAGAGAUUUAUCAAGUUCAGAAGAGGUAUUAUGGUCUGGAUACUAAAUGGGGAGACAUCGAGCAGUGGAUGGAAGACAGUGAGCUUUAUUCCCGUAGAGCCCGGAGGAAUGCCUCGGCUUUGGAUGAAGAUGAGCACACGUCAAUAGGUAGCCGUGGAAGCCUGAGGUCUCAUCUGCAAAAUGCCAACACCUACCCAGUGGCCAGUGGUUAUGAGGAAGAUCUGUAUGGAUCAUCCCAGAGUAGAAAAUCUAGCAGGGCUUCCUACUACUCUGAUCUGGGUCUUCACAACAGUGGCUAUGCUUCCACAUCUCAACCUUCUUCCCAGAAUGGAAACUGGCCUUCUGAGUACAGCUCUUACCUUGGGUCAGGAUCUCGGGCAUCCUCCAGAGCCAGUUCUUCUCGGGCCAGUCCAGUGAUUGAGGAAAGGCCAGAAAAAGACUUUGAGAAGGGAGCACGUAGUAUUUCCAGUUUAUCAGCAGCUACCUUAGCCUCUCUGGGAGGGACUUCUUCACGAAGAGGCAGUGGGGAUACAUCCAUCUCAGCUGAUACAGAAGCAUCUAUUAGAGAAAUUAAGGAUAUCUAUGAGUUAAAGGACCAGAUUCAAGAUGUAGAAGGCAAAUACAUGCAGGGACUGAAAGAAAUUAAGGACUCUCUAGCAGAAGUUGAAGAGAAAUAUAAAAAGGCUAUGGUGUCAAAUGCUCAACUAGACAAUGAAAAAACAAAUUUCAUGUACCAAGUGGAUACCCUGAAGGAUGCACUCUUAGAGUUAGAAGAACAACUAGCAGAAUCCAGGCGGCAAUAUGAAGAAAAAAGUAAAGAAUUUGAGAGGGAGAAGCAUGCUCACAGCAUAUUGCAAUUUCAGUAUAUGGAAAUCAAAGAGGCUCUGAAGCAAAGAGAAGAAAUGCUUGCAGAAAUCCAGCGGCUGCAACAGAAACAGCAGAGCUAUGUCAGGGAAAUUUCUGAUCUUCAGGAGACAAUAGAGUGGAAAGACAAAAAAAUAGGGGCAUUAGAGAGGCAGAAAGAUUUCUUUGAUUCCAUAAAGAGUGAGCGGGAUGACCUUAGAGAUGAAGUGGUUGUGCUGAAGGAGCAACUGAAGAAACAUGGGAUAAUCCCAGACUCUGGCAUAGCCACCAACGGGGAGACAUCAGACAUUCUUAGUAAUGAAGGACAUACGGAUCCUUCCAAAAAUGUUCCAGGCACAACUUGGACUUUAGAGACAGGAAGGGAUGGGAUGCUAGGCAAAGCCAAUGAAGUGGAUAUGAAAAAUGAGAUUUUGGAGGAUGUGGGGAAAAGAGAAAUCUUGCAGAAUACUGAGCAUGAGGAACACAGAGAGGAGACUGAGGAGCAGGAAGUACAAACAUUGCAUGCUGAUGAAAAUGCAAAGGCAGAAAAGCUGGUUGAAGAACAUGAUGCCCUAUCAACAAUGGUUUUACCAGACAGUAGGUUUAAAAAACAUUUCCAAAGCCUUAAAGAAGACGUAUCAGGGAGUUCUUCUUCAAAUGAUGAUAGUGACACAGAAAAUUUAAGAAAGGAAAACACAUCCACAGGUCCAGCAGUCCAGCAGCCUGUCGGUAUGGAGGCUGAGCAGCAGAACUUAAACCCAAAGACAAAUCAGAACUCGGAGAUGGGCUCUCUGCAGGGUAAUCAAAUUUUUGAUACUGGUGUCUUAGAUACAAAGCAUGAACUGGAAAAAGCUGCUCCCAAACAGGAAGAACAAGAGGAUCUUAAAACUAGCCAAGUCCUGAGUGACAAUGAAAUGGGUCAGGAAGGCAAUGUGACAAAUGGGAGCUUUAAGUUGGUUUCUGACCAGGCAGGGCUACUGGAGGAUACAGUAUCAGGCUUGCUUAGUGAAGAGGUAAAUGUGGAGAGCCAGGCUGAGGCACUGCAGCACUCAGAAGCAAGUGCUGGAAACAAGGAGACAAAUGUCUCACAUGAAAAUCUUGCUGUAAGCAAAGACUGCACUGAUGGGAGAACUGAUAAAGCUGGAGGUGAAGGAGCUGAAGAAAAUGAGUCUGGGAACAUAGCUGAGAGUCAGAAGAGGGCAAUGGAGUCUGUGGGCUUGGAGGGGGUGGAGUCAUCUGGAAGUGGUGUCCCAGCAGGUGCAAGUGAAAAGGAAGAUGAAGAUCAGGCAGGUAUCCAACCAGUUUCUUCAGAGGACAGUCCUUCAGCAUCAUCAGAGGAGCAAAAUAACCAAGUUAAAACUGAACUUGAAAAUGCUUCAGCUGAGAAGGACAGACAGAAGGAAAUAGCAGUAGAAGAGUUGGAAAUGUGUUCAGAUUCUGCAGGCACAGCCGAGCAGGAUGAGGCCCCUCUGGAGGCUGGAGGCUGUAUUACUGAGAUGAAAGGAAACGUGCUGCAUCAGGCAGAGCCAGACACAGACACUGUGAAGCAGGUGACAACUCAGGAGACCAGGUUAGACCCAAGUCUUUUAGCCAACAAAAUCUGUGAGUCAGAAUUGGGCAUGGGGGAUGAGUCUGGGGAACAAAAGGAAAGUAGGACGGAAUGGAUGGAAGACUUACAGUCAAAGGUCGAAGUUCAAACAGUUCAGUGUAGUGAAGAAAUGACAUAUGAUAGAGUGGGAGAGAUAAAUAUUCCUUUAGAAAGUGAAGAGGAGAAUGUAAUUAAGCCAGAGGAAGGUAAAUCUAAAGAGGAGUCAACUGUAGAUGUUACUGUAACUACUGAAAACAAAGUUGGUAAAGAAACACUGAAAGAAAAUGAGCAAAAGUCAGAGAGUGCAGACCACCACUGUGGUGGAUUUGUUUCUCAGGAAGGGGCAAACAGUUCCCUGGUACAGAAGGCUGAGCAGGAGGAAGGUACCAGUGAACAAGUCAAAUUGGAGAGUCAGGCAGAGGAAAGACUGGACGAUGAUGGUGAUGCCUUUGAUUUUGAUGAAGAGUCAAAACAGCUACUAGAAACUGAUGAAAAAUGUGAUGGACCGAAAGCUGGUAUAGAGAAAGAGGAGGGUGAUGGAGCAAAUGGUGCUGUCAGAAAAACUGCCCAAACAGAUAAAGCUUUAGAAAGAACAGACAAAACAGAAAUCAAAGAUGCCUUUACUGAAGACAACAGCUUGCAGCAUGAAGGAGAUAAACCUGAAGAAACACAGUGUUUGCAAGGGGAAGUGUCCUGGAAGACUGAAGAGAAUAAUACGAUGGAAUAUGAAAUCAAAACAUCAGAUUCUAGUAAAGUACAUAAAAUACCAGAUGAGUAUGUUUUGAAACAGGAUUUGGAAAGUGCUGGCAAUAGCAGGGAUGAAACCCAGGAAGACUGUCAGGGUGGCAGGAGGGGAAAAGGUAAAUCCAGAGAUGACUGUACAGUAUCUUAAGCUUAGAAUCUUGAGGCUACAGGAGCUACGUGCCAUUUGAUCAGUCCCAGUACAGAAGCAUGCACUUUGCACAAUACAGCAGACCUUAGGAAUAGGCUUAAAUUUUUUUCUUUAUAGGUAACUCUUAUGAUAAUAUAAACUUAUGCAAGUCUUAAGUAUUCUCUCACACACCUAGGCAGAAGAAGGUGUGCGUGGGUAUGGUUUUGAUGUGUCUCAGGUAUAAAGUUUAUUACCAAAAGAGAAGGCUUCACCAAUCAGGAAUUCAUACUGUCUUGCAAGUACUUUCAGUGUGGGUAACUGGGACUGAGGAAUUUCUGUAUGAUUUUUUUUUAGUAGCCUGGAUGAUCAAUAUCUUGAAUAUACUUAUGUGCAUUGGAUCUGUGUGAAUUUAUGCACAUACCUGUGUGUACUUAUGCAUUUUAGAUCUACAGUAAAUAUGUUAUGUCAUAAAGGAACUCAGUAAAUCAGCAACAGUGAUCUGCUGGUGAAACUUCUUUCUGAAUGAUUAAGACCUAGGAACCAAUUUUUUUUAAUUUUUUUUUUUAUACUAUGGAAGAAAUAAAAUACUCUCAUUCCACUUUGUGUGUAUUUCUAAUAAGGUUAUACACCAAAAGAUAGUUAGAUUACUGUACAUCUGUUAGUCUAAACACUUGGAAAGAAUAGUAUAUGAACAGUAUACAAUUUGAAAAAAGUGCAACAUACAGGAAUUAGUUUUUUAGGGAAGGACUGAAUUUUUUUAAGGAAGGACUAAAUGUAUACAUGUUUAUUUUAUCUAGGCACUUUAUACCACAAUAGGCCUUUUACACCACGUCUCCAGGUUUUUGUUGUUUGUUUUUUUUUGCCAGAGAAGGAGUCAAUACACACUGUAAUGUGUGUGCUUAGGUUUGCUGUCAAGUACUGUCUAGCUAUGAAUAUAUAAAAGAUCUAUUUUCCCAGCAGUUGGUUGGUUUUUCUUUUAAUUACAUUACCUGACUGCAUUAUUUUUUGCAACCUAUGAUUAUGAAGUGAUGUUUUUAUCUCUUAAAAAUUCUUACGUCUUCCUUUCUGGAAAGGAGCUAUCUUUGUAUGUCUUAAUUCUUUUUGGAUAUCAGAUCAAAGAUGAUUGUUCUGUAUGCUGGCCCCUGUGCCUUUUUGAAAAGCUGGACUGCUUUGAACUGCUGCCAUAAAUUAGACACUUUGACUCCAUCAGUGUAUUACUUCUUGCAUCUUUCUUGUGCUUGGGAGGAACACCUUGUUUUUGCAUUACAGAAUUUGAAGUUAAUUUAAGCAACGAACAUCCCAGGGGAACACAAGUUGGAGGAGUUGUGGGGAUGGGGCUAUGGCUGUAUUUCUGUGGAUAUUACAAAGUUAAUGGAGUACAAACUGCAAUAUUCUAAAAUGUAUAUCAAAAUGUAUUGUAUAUAAUUGAAAUAAACAUAUUUUAUACUUUAAAUUGCCAGUCUAGAGCACUGUUUAUAAACCUGUGUAAAUAUUUAUGUAUUUUAAAAACACAUUGUUCUGCAGCUUUCACUGUUGAGUGUAUUGUGUUGCACUACAUAGCUAGAAGAGCUUUCUCACUAGGAAUGGAAAAUCUUGGUGUUUGAGGACCUUUGUGAUAUGAUGGCACCUUAACUGUAAACCUGUAACAGGACUGUAACCCUGUGAUGCUUUUCAUGUGGCUUCUCUCCCAACUUACAACAGUUCCUGUGUGGUUUCUGUAAGUACUAGCAGUUGUUCUUAAUAAGGGUUUACGUUAAAUGCGAAUCUAAAAAGUCAUAGAUCUUAAAAGCAUCUCUUCUUAAACACUGUGUACUGGUGUUUAUUUAAAGCAUUGUCUCUGCCAU